GUUAUGGAGUUAAUUUUGCGCCAAAGACUUUUUUUCCUUUUCGGAGCUCUGUUUUCCUGAGUGACAGGCGGAAGAGGGGGAGAGCGGAGCGUCGCGUCGGUGGCGUCACGGACGGCGGCUCCGCCAUCUUAGUUGUGGAUGGAGAGGCGGCAACUUCGGGAGCGGCCGUCUAGAUGCUGAGGCUCGGCGGCCUUGGGCUCUGGCUGGGCCUGGCCGUAGCGGCGGCGGCGGUGUUAACAGCGCGGCUGUUGGGCUGGUGGAGUCCCCGUGCUGGUAUUCGCCUUUUCAUACCCGAGGAGCUGGCCCGCUACCGCGGCGGCCCGAGGGACCCGGGCCUCUAUUUGGCGUUGCUCGGCCGCGUCUACGAUGUGUCCUCUGGCCGGAGGCACUACGAGCCUGGGGCCCACUAUAGCGGCUUCGCAGGCCGGGAUGCAUCCAGAGCAUUCGUGACUGGGGACUACUCUGAAGGAGGCCUUGUGGAUGAUGUUUCUGGCUUGUCAUUUUCUGAGAUGCUGACCCUUCAAAACUGGAUUUCAUUCUAUGAAAAGAAUUAUGAAUUUGUUGGGAAGGUGAUAGGAAGGUUCUAUGGAGAGGAUGGACUACCUACCACAGAACUGGCCCAGGUAGAAGCCAUGAUCACCCAAGGCUUGGAAGCAAAUAAGCAGGAACUGAAAGAAAAGAAGAAGUUUCCGCCAUGCAAUGUUGAGUGGAGCUCAGCCAGGGGCAGCCGGUUCUGGUGUUCCCAAAAGAGUGGAGGUGUGAGCAGAGACUGGAUUGGCGUCCCCAGGAAGCUGUAUAAGCCAGGUACCAAGGAGUCCCACUGCGUGUGUGUGAAAACCACUGGUCCCCCUAGUGACAAGAAACCUGACAACCCUACACACAGGAACCGUGGAGACUUGGACCACCCCAACCUGGAGGAAUAUGUAGGCUGCCCACCCCAAGCCAUCACAUGUUUCCUCCCACUGUAAGCUGGUGCCCUGCUUGGAGAACCCUGCCUGGAACCCUGACAGGCCCUCGACUCAUGCCCUAGGAUGGCUCCUGACCUGAAACAAGAGAACAUGGAAGGACAUUGGCCACACCCUGCAAGCGUGACUCGUGUCUCCUUAUUGUGGGCUCCCCGUUCUAAUGACUACGGCCAGGACUUGGCAACCUGACAGUUUUUGCCACUUCCUCCUCCAUUCACUCUGGCCAGUUUUUGCCAUGUUCCCCCCUAGAUCCAUUUGCCAGCCUCCUUCCAAGCCCUCAGAUAUUAAUGGCACAAAUAUGUCCAACUGAAAAUUAGCUAAACCAAAGGGCUUCCUUCCCAUGGACUCCCAGGCUGUCCAGAUCAACUGAGGGCUGGGCCCUGCCUCUAAUUAAUUCCCAAGCCUGUCAGAACAUCAGGGGCACUGUCAGCAAGGAACUACAGCAUUUCCUUACAACCCAGAAACAAGCAGACCUGCAGAAAGCCAUAUAAAUAAAGUGUUAACAGUGUUCAGGCUCCCCAUGGCUAAAUUUGUGACCCCUGACUUUUAGUACCUUUCUUAGAAGUAACAGCCCCACCCUAAGGCAAACUUGAAUUUACAGCAAAAGCAACAUUGAGUUGAUUGAGCUUGGCCAAUACAAUGAGAGGUGACAAUAAGCAAGAUAGGUGAAUUCUGGAAACGGGAAAGGCUUUUUGCCCAUAUGGAUGCAGCAAAUCCAAAUGCCUCUGAAUAAGCAACAGUUUAAAGCCAAAGAUGCUGUUUCUUUCUUUUUUUUAUAUAUU